AUGCCGCCUUCUUCAGCAAUCAGUCCGUCUUUCCGCGCGACGCCCUCGUUCAAUCUCCGAGCCCCGGUCUUCUCCAACAUUGAGAAUUCCGCCAGUCUCAAUGAGCAGCCUACGAGCCCGGACGUCGCCGAUGAUGCGUCUCAGGGAUCUGGGAAGCGGAGGAGGCUUACGACGAGUGAUUUUACCAGGAGGAAACGUGCUGUGACGGCUUGUCAGUUUUGUCGGAUGCGCAAGACAAAGUGUGAUAAUGUUCGUCCGAAAUGCGGGUACUGCGUGCGACAGAGAGCAAAAUGUGUUUAUGGAGAUACGGAUGAGAUCGACGCUGAUGGGGAAGAUGUGGCGAUUUCUAAUCGCCAAUUGAUGGAGCAACUGGUGGAAAUCAAGGAGAUGCUUCAGAGGAAUGGGGGGUCCAAUCAUGGACACUCGGAUACUGACCCUUCGUUGGCGACUGCAACCUCACCACAGGCCCAGGCGGCAACAAGUCCAUGGGCAAGGUUCUCUGCCAACACGCCACGACCGAACGAGAGCAAACCUCCAGGAUUCCCAUUUGAGGCUCUUCGUUGCGAAUCUUUCCUACGUUGGCCAGCCCUUCGGAGCGUUGUUCCAAGUGAUGCCCAGGAUAUCGACUCUUUCCCGCUCAGCUCGGGAUACACUGAGAGCACUCUGCAAAAUAGAGGUGGAGGUCAAGGCAUAAACGAGUCGGCCUUUGUUCCCCUGUGCCGCAAGUUUCUUGCUCAGGUACAUCCGAGGAAUCCAGUUCUCGAUGGACAUGAGCUUAUGCGACAUGCUCGCUCCGCGGAGGAGGAUGGGUUGAAGUGGGAUUCCUCCUCAUGCCUUGUGCUGCUCGCGUGUGCAUUGGCUUCAUAUACAGACAUGUGGAGAAGACCAAACGAAUAUCCUAUCCCUCCAACCCCAGAACAACUUGGCAGUUUUGCCGACUCUCGAGAAAGGGCCAAAGCGGAACCUUACUAUGCGGCUGCCCAGAAGAGAAUGGGACUUCUCGGGAAUACCAUACAGGACAUCCAGUGCUACUUCUUUGCCACAAUCUUUGAGAAGUUUGCUCUUCGACCACUGAGAGCCUGGUGUUAUAUCCAGCAGGCUUGCUCGAGGUUGGAAACUCGUCUUUUGCAGCGUGGUGAACGACCUUGGGCUGCUUUUCGGGACACAAGCCCCGAGGACUAUCACCUCGAGCAAAGGCUCUUUUGGUCAUGCUUUCGGGCUGAGAGCGAACUGGUUUUCGAGUUGGGACUGCGACCAAGUUCGCUAGAGAACUUCUCAUACCCACAGCCUUUCCCAACGCCUCCAGAAGGCCUCUUGUCUGAUUUUAGCCCAACCACAGACGGGUCGUCAGUGGGUCCAGAUGAAGAGCAACGCCAAGUCGAUGAGAGAGGAUGGUGUUACUACUUAUCAGAGAUAUCUAUCCGACGUACUGUUGAUGAGACACUCAAUCUCUUGUAUAGACACGGCGAGGGUUAUUGGAUGAAGAGUCCUGGUCACUUAGUUCGCCAAUACCACGAGUGCGAACAGCAGAUAGCUCUGUGGAAAUAUCACCUGCCUUCUGUCGUUCAGUUCGAUGACGACGUACUCGCAGAUGAAGAAUUUGCGGCAGCCCUCCAAGGCCGUGCAUCGCUCUGGCGAGAAUACACCCUCCGCCCAAUCCUCUACUACGUCCUCCACCACAACCCAGAAGAACCCAUCCACCCCGAAGCCGAAGCCCUCGCCGCAAAGGAGAUUCAAAUCUGUGCUACCAUGGUCCAUCGCAUGGCUUUUCAUCGACGACACGGCGGGACAUGGCUCAUAUCCCGCAAGAUCUUUAUGGCUGCUUGCAUUAUUAUUGCUGCUGCCGCGAACUCACAUAGAGUAUCUCCCCCUGAAGAGUGGCAUACCCUUAUUGGGAUUGCGAUUCAGUCGCUUGAGCGGUGGGCGGGGGAGGCGUCUGAUCUACAGCGGAUGGCGAACAUUUUAGUUUCCAUGUACCGGGAAACGUGCAGUCAAAGAGGCGAGCUCGAUAUGAUGGUUUUGGAGUAA